AUGGUUGUUCUUAGUACAACUGUUAUUGUUGUAUUAGCAGUUAUUGCUGUGGUUAUAGUUCUUGUUCUUUUGACUAUUUUGAUUGUUUGUCUUUGUCAAAAAUGUGAUCAAUGUGCAAGAUGGUCACGACAAAAAGCAAUCACCAGAGAGGAAGCAGCAAGAAAUCAAGAGUUUACUGAAAGUCGACGUCAAUUUGACGAAAUUCGUCAACAACAUAAUGAAGCACGCGAUCAACUUCGUGUAAAAUACAAUCUGAACGGUGGUGAUUCGAGGACUGUUGUUGUUCCAUAA